UCUGCAGGAACGUUCUUCUUCUGCUUUCUCUCCUCUGGUUUCUGUCUUUAGCUUCUUCUCCCAGCUUCCAACUCCGGUCUAAGUUGAGUUAACAAUUGAAGCAAUGGAGAUUGACAGAGAAGAUGGGAGAACGCCGAAUCAGCUGAGACCCCUUGCUUGUUCCCGUAACAUCCUUCAUCGUCCUCAUGGCUCUGCUAGCUGGUCCCAAGGGGAUACAAAAGUUCUAGCUGCAGUUUAUGGACCUAAACCUGGAACGAGGAAGAACGAGAACCCUGAGAAGGCUUGCUUUGAAGUCAUUUGGAAGCCUAAAUCCGGGCAGAUUGGAAAAGCCGAAAAGGAGUUUGAGAUGAUACUGAAAAAGACGAUACAGAGUAUUUGUGUCCUGACCGUGAAUCCAAAUACCACCACCUCCGUCAUCAUUCAGGUUGUACAUGAUGAUGGUUCUCUUCUACCGUGUGCCAUAAACGCAGCAUGUGCAGCUCUUGUAGAUGCUGGAAUACCAAUGAAGCAUCUCGCUGUUGCUAUAUGUUGUUGCCUGGCUGAUAGUGGAUAUGUCGUACUCGACCCAAACAAGCUUGAAGAAAAGAAAAUGACGGCUUUUGCUUAUUUAGUCUUUCCAAAUACAACUCUCUCUGUUCUUCCGGAAGUGGAAGGCGAGCCAGUAGAGCAUGGUAUUAUUACAUCAGUUACGCAUGGAGUAAUGUCAGUGGACGACUACUUCCUGUGUGUAGAGAACGGUCGUGCUGCUACGGCUAGUUUGUCUGCAUUUUUUAGGAAGAACUUCCAACAAAGCCAAGGAGCUUCUUCCAAAGCUGGUUAGAACUUAGAAGCAUGGAUCCAUGUGGUUUUGUGUGAGAUUUUGAACGAUUUUGUUAUCCUUGUUGUAGCUUUUAUGGAACCCUUAUCGUCAAUGUGUCUAAUUAAAAUGAAUUGAAAGAAUCUCGUUUGGUUAGUUAUAUGAA